CGAGUCCUUUGCAAGUCCUUCGACUCCGAGCUCAGGCGCAGUUCAUCCAGACGCGCCUGUGGCGUAGGGCCGCGGUGCAGGUGACCGUGUGUCUCACAAUCCGACCGUCACCGUGCCUCAAGUCGAGCGCGACGCUGCACACAACCAUGUCUCUCGCGAACUCUUUGCCGCGUACCGCACGGCGUUCGAUAACAUGGCUUCCUAGAGUAUCACCAGUCCUAGCCAGCCCAAAGCUGAGGGUCUUACAUGAACAGACGCGUCCGAAGAGUACGCAACCGGCAUACGAGGGACAUAUCCCGCUGAACACUUUCGAGGCUGGCUUCCUGGCUGUUGGUUCCGCGCUCAUGUCGCUAGCGAACCCUAGGAGAGGUGACAUGGUGGCUGCGUUGGGAGACGUGACCUCCGGACCUGUGCUGCCUCGUCUUCGGGAUGCCAUGCUGGAGAGCCCAGAGGGCAGGAGGAUUCUAAAAGAGCGGCCCCGCGUAAACUCGGCGACCGUCGACAUGAACAAGCUGGCGUUGCUCCCAGAGGGGUCGUUUGGUCGUGCGUACGUAACUUGGCUCGAGCGGUGCGGUGUGACCCCCGAUACGCGUGAGCCGGUGCACUACGUCGACGACCCCGAGCUGGCGUACGUCUUGCUGCGCUACCGCGAAUGCCACGACUUCUACCACUGCAUCUGCAACCUGCCCGUCAACGUCGAGUCCGAGCUCGCGCUCAAGUUCUUCGAGUUCGCCAACCUCGGCCUCCCCAUGGCCGGCUUCGCCGCAGCCUUUGGCCACCUCCGCCUCACCUCAGCCAAGCGCCAACGGCUCUUCAGCGAGUUCGUUCCUUGGGCAGUCAAGUGUGGGGGCAGCGCGAAGAGCUUGAUUAGUGUGUACUGGGAAGAGCGGUGGAGCCAGAACGUGGAUGAGAUGAAGAGGGAACUGGGUAUCUGGGACCCCCCGGAAGCGCGCUGGAGCAGACCUCUCAGCGAGGCGAAGGCUGCAGCGGAGAAGAGGGGGAAGGCUGCUGAAGCGCAACUGACUGGGCAGCCAUGACGGCAUUGAUAUAUGGCUUUCCUGUGCAUGUACAUACACUGCUCUCCGAUUUCUGACCCUCACCUUGCAUUCCGAUGCCCUGUGGUUUUCAGCUUACCGAUAAUGGCCUCAAGAGAUCGCAGUCCGUGAACGGCU